AUGGAGAACUAUGUCAUAUGGCUUUUGAUUGAAGUAAAUUUAAUUGGUGGUACAAUAUUUGGGUUCCCAGGUUUAUUUAACAUUUUAUCUCAAUCUGGAAUUUAUGGCGAUAUGAAUAAUUGUUCAGCAUUAUCAAAUGCAUUAACGUUGGGUAUUAUAUUAUUAGAAAUACCAUCAAUGAUUAUUGGUCCAGUGAUUGAUCGGUUUGGAUGUCGAUUUGUUAAAUUAAUUGCAAUAAUUUUUCAUAUUAUCGGAUGGUUGGCAUUAGCACUGGUUGCACCUGGGCGAAAUUCAUUUUUAUAUGUUCACACAGUCUUCUCAUCCUUGGCUGGUAUUAUCGUUUUAUUGACAGCUUAUACAUCAAGCGAUUAUUUUUCAAAAUCAAGAGCAUUCGUAUCGGCAUUAUUUGCUGGAGCGUGUACAUCCGCUACAAUGUGGUAUUCUAUAUUUCAGGUUUCAAUUGAUGCUGGUAAAAUUACAUUACAACAACUACCUUACAUAUGGACGUCAUUUGGUGUAUUAAUGUUAAUCAGUUCAUUUGUAUUUCUUGAUUGGAGAUUCCCCAUUUUAAACUUACCCUAUCAGUUCGAUACAAAAUUGGGCAAGAAAACUGUCCUUCCACGUAUCAUUGCCGGCGAAGAUCAAUCAUCGAACAAUAGUGAAAUAGAUAAAAUGAAAUGGCAUACACGAGUUUUGAAACGAAAAGGUGUUUGGUAUUAUUUGACAAGUCCAUUGUAUUUGUUGGUGGUACUGUUUUUAAGUAUUCUAUUACUACCGGGAAUUUUUCUUGCUGUGACAUGGUAUCCAUGGGUGUAUUAUAUCACAAAACAAGAUACAAUAUUGACUAAUAAAUACACAUUUGCAUUUAACUUAUCCACUGUUGCUGCCAUUAUUAUUUGUCCGUUGAAUGGUUUCCUACUUGGAUUGAAAGCUGAUAGAAGUAAAAAACAAAAAUUAUUUAAUAUUUUAUUGAUGCAAACUGUAUUAUGGCUUAUCAAUAUUGUGGCAUGUAUUGUGUGUAUGUUUCCUCGAAAGAGUAUGAUUAUUCCAGCAUUAGUGAUCAAUUGUUUUGCACGGGCUACAAUUGUGGGUGGAAGUCAAGCAGUGGUGGCCACUUUUUUUCCAUCGGAGUACAUUGGCACAUUAACUGGUGUAAUAUGGACCUCGGUUGGUGUUAUUACCACCGUCCAAUAUAGUUUAGUCAGAUUAACAGAUGAUAUACCUCGUUCAUGGAGAGCGUGGGUGAUUUUGGACGAAGAAGUGGCCUUGGCACAUUUGGACUAUUUAGGCAUCAAAUUGGACAAACUGACACAGACACAAUCAGCGUAUAUCGAUGUACAUCCAGAUGUUCGUACAAUAAUUACAGAUGAUCAUAUUACUGCAAUAUUAGACAAGCUUGGUUCAUCUAGAAUAGCCUUAACAACGGAACCAUCAUCUACGCCAUUCAUAAUAGAAAAGUCUACAUUUACGAAUCAAACAUCUUUUAUUUCUCCAUUUCAAACCAAACGUUUACCCAUUAAUCCCGAUAUCGUCGCACCCGAUGGUUCCCUAGUUCGUAAUUUAUUAACAACAAUUGGUGGUAGUAUGGCGCAAUUUGAUCUUCUCCCUGGGAUGACAUCGAAUGCUGUUGAACAUCGAAGUGUUCAUCGUGCAGAGCAAACAUUUCCGUCGCACAUUAGAGUUCUCUCAGCUCUUUACGACAUUUAUUCAUAG